AGUAAACAUUGCAUGGAAGGCCAAAUGCGAAUACACAGAACUGUUUCUUUCUAGUUUGGAAAUUUCUAUUUUAUUACCUAGCUUAAUCUCCAAAUAGAUUAAUUUUGUGAAAUAAACUUAUUUAACUAGUGACAGUUUAUGUGAAUGGAAGGUUCUGAUCUGAAAUGGAAACGAUGAUUAAAACAAUAUAUUUCUUUCUACUAUUCGUUUUUGUUAAUACACAAUGGCAGCAGUAUUAUUAUAAAUGGAAUGGAGAUCACUUUGAUAUUAUUGCCUCGGAUAAAUAUGUAAAGAAUUAUCGAAAGAUUCAAGCUCCAAAGUCUUAUAGAAUAGGACACAAUCAACGUGGAGAUCGCCCCGGUAGAUGUAUAGCUGCUCAAUUCUACUGCAGUCAACCAUACUCCUUACAAGAUACUAACCAGUUCGAAUGUGAGACAGACUAUCAGUGCCCAACACCCUUUAAAUGUUGCAAAGUCAAGUGUUUUCUACAUAAAAUUUGUCAACCCAGUAUUGAAGAACAAGAAACUCCUGAUCCUAAUUCACCGGCAUCUCCAGAAGAAAUAAAGAAAACAACAGAAAUUACAACAGCGCAAUCAACGACAUCAACAUUCACAUCCUUUAAUACCGAAGAUAUAACUGCAACGUCAACAAUCACAGAAGAAAUAUCUACAGACACAACGAGAACUGAAGUAACAACACAACAAACUGAUUCGACAACUUCCUCAACAGAGGGUGAAGAAACAACUACAGUUUCUACUACUUUAAGUCGUGAAACUUCUACCGAAACUAUGAAAACCGAAGUAACAACCAAACAAACUGAUUCGUCAACUUCCCCAACAGAGACUGAAGAAACCACUACACAUUCUACCACUUCAAGUCCUGAAACUUUCACCAAAACUAUGAAAAGUUCAACUCCAACAGUGGAAAUAACAACUAUCACAGUGACAACACAACAAAAUGACAUUAAAACUUCACCAGAAAAGGAAGAAACUUCGUCAGUUUCUGAUACUCCAAGUACUGAAACGUCUUCGGAUACUUCGGAAAUACAAACUUCUUUGACAGUGAUAACAACUACCACAACCACACAGGAACCUGAUCUUAAAACGACGUCAGAAAAAGUACAUUCUACAUAUUCUAAUACUGUAAGUAGCGAAAUUGCUACUGAAAAGUCCGAAACGCAAACUUCGUCGAUAACUCCUACAGCAACACAGCAACCUAGUCUUACAACAUCAGAAAAAGAAGAUAACUCUACAGAUUCUAAUACUGAAACGACUACUCAAAAUUUGGAAACAAACAGUGCUUCAACGAAAAUAACAGAGCAAACUUCUUCUAAAGAUUUGGAAACAGAUUCGUCAACAGUCGGCAGUACAGAUAGAGUCACUAAACAGACUGAAGCCACAACAACAACUGAUAAAACUAGUUCAACUUCGAGUGUUCAUACAAGCCCUGAGCAACUGGAAACAGACACUACUCAACACCAAGAGCAGUCAACCGUGACAACAGAAAAUAAGGACAUAUUGACUUCAAUCACUACUAGCAAUAAUGGUGAAGCAACAGAUCUCCCACCAGUACAAAUGAGACGCACCACAAAACAAGAUGAAAUUACUACUACAAAGAGUUCAACAGAGUCUGUUAUUUCAGAGAGUCUGAAGACAAGAGAACCUCCUGAGGAAUUAAAUCAAAAAGACUAUAAAACAAAAGCACCAACAACAACUAUUACACAAAGACCAUCUAAAGGACAAACGGUGACAACUUCUACAACAGAGAUAAGUUUAACCGAGGCAAAAACAACUGAAUCUAAAGCAAUAACAAAAUCCACCAGCAGAAUUAUUGAUAACGAAGAAGGUAGUGGAGGUAUUGACGAGCAUAAUGGUAGUGGAGACAGUGAUUAUGAGGAAAGUGACAAAACAGACACUGGUAACGAAAAAAACAAAGUUAAGGGUAGCGGCGAUGAAAAUCGUGAUGGCAAUGAAAAUGGCACUUCCGAAUUUUCUUUCAGUGAAGAAGAGGACGGUAACGAUUCUAACAAGGAAUCAUCCAGCACACAAACAAAUACAGAACAUGCUAAAGACACGACCACAACUUUUACAGCAGGCGUAACGCCAGACUUAAGCUCAACAGAGAAGAAAACAACCGGAUCUAAAGCAACAACAGACGCCACCAGCGAAAAUAAUAUUGAUAACGAAGAAGGAGAUAUUGACGAAGAAAAUGGUAGUGGAGACAUUGAUAAUGAAGAAAGAGACAAAACAAAUACUGACAACGGGACCAAUAAAAUUGAGAGUAGAGGUGAUAAAAAUGCUGACGACGAAAAUGACAGUUAUGAAUAUCCUUUUAGUGAAGAGGAGGACGGUGAUGAUUCUAACGAAGAAUUAUCUAGCACGAAGAAAACAGAAAAUCCUAAAGAAAAUACUAGUACCAAACCUUCAACAACACAGCCUACAACUACUACAAAUAAAUCACAAGCAAGCUCAGACGCAAAGAAAUUUACUAAACAAAGUGCGGAAGUAACUAAACAAUCUACGCAAGCGACUACACCAACUACAAAGGCAACCACUAUAAACAUUGAAGCAACACAAAAGGUUAAAAUUGAUGAAAUUAAUGGGGAUAGUAAAAAAGAGGGAAACCUUGAUGAAUCUGAAGAAGAAUCAUCUAAAAAAGGUACGGAAGGAGAUACAGGAAAAAAAGUAAUGGAAAGUAGUAGAUCCUCUACAGAAAAACAAGCUGCUCAACCUGCUAGUGCAGACACUACUGAAGCAACUCUACAAACUAUUGGAGGAACUAUACAAUCUACUAAAGAAUCGACACAAACUGUGGAAGAAAUUGUACAAAGUACGAAAGCUACUACACAGACUCAGACUAGUAUAGCAACCCCUAUAGAACAUAAACCAACAGAAACGAAUGCUCCGAAUAGUGAUAAAACGGUAAGCAAUGGAGAAAGCAAAGAAACCAACAAAGAAUAUAGUUAUGAUAAGGAACGUGAAAAUAUAAAAAUGGAUAACCAAAACAAAGAAAUUGACCGUAGUGGUGACGAUAAUGGUGAAGACAAGAAAAAUGAUAGCUCGGAUGGAAAACGUGGCGACUUUGAAAAGGAAUUUUCUAAAAAAGAAGUAGAAGAAGAUAAUACAGGAAAAAAUAUAUCCUUAAACAAAACAACAGGAAAUCUUGAAAAAAUUACUGAGACUAAACCCUCAACCAUAGAACCUAUAACAGAGACCAUUAAUAAUAAGUCCCAGACAAGCUCAGAAGCAAAUAGAUUGACACAAGAAGAUACGGAAGUAACCAGACAAACUGCUAAGGUGACUAUACAAACUACAAAAUUAACUACAGAAAUUGAGGAGAUAAGGAAGACAACUAUGCAAACUAUGAAAACAACCUCCGCAGACAGUGAUGCAACACAGGCGAGUACUGUUAAUGUUGCUAAAGAUUCGACAAAAAAACCUACAGCAGAAAGUAGUAGUCACACGCCAAUAACAAUGGCUAACAAAGUUAGAGUAACUCCAAAAUCUACAAAAGCAGAAUCCACUGAAAGCCAAAAAGAAGCUGUUACUGAGAAUGCACUCAAUAGUGACGAUGAAGAUGGCAGUGGAGAUCAUGCAUAUGACGAUGAUGAAGAUAAUGAUUAUGAAGAUAAUGAUGAUGAUGAGGAUGAUGAAGAUAACGAUGAUGAAAAUAAUGAUGAAGAUAAUGGCGAUGAAGAUGAUUAUGAAGAUAAUGAUGAUGAAGAUACAGACGACAAAGAAUACGAAAAUUAUGAACAUGAUGAGGACGAUACUGAGGAAGAUUCUAAAAAUGAAGAUUAUAAUAGUAUAUUACAUACCUAGCGGGAAAGUACUCUAUUUCAGCCGAGCGGCAAGGUAGUUUACCGAGGUGCGAAGCAACGAGGUAAACUACAGACGCGAGGGUAGAAUGAGUUCCCGCGAGGUUUAUAUACUAUUUUACUCACAAUCGGUUAGUAGUUUAUGGAUUUCUAAUACUCACAAUCUACCAAUAAUAAUUUCGUUUCAAAUAUCUGUAUCCAUUUUCAUUAUGUGAUAAGAUGAAUUAUUUUAAGUAACCUGUGAGAUCGUUGCUAGGUAACAAAACAAGUUUGUUGAAUCUGACAUUUAGGCGAUACACGACGCCAUUAAUUGUACAUAUAAUCAAAUUGUGUUUAUUUUACAAAAAUGUCUGAUAGUGAAUUUGAAUGUACGCCACCAGAACUGCGGGUAGCUGCAGAGAGAGCUACUGAAGGAAUAAUUCCUGAAAAAAAUGUUAUUACGAAGUCUGUCACUAUUUACAUUCUUUCUAAACCAUCUUUUAAUCAAAAAUGACAUUGACAUUUGCAGGUAGAAAAGUGACAGUUGCUAGCCGGGAAAGUACUUGCCCGCCUAGCUGGGAAAGUAAAGUAAGUAAUAAGUCGCUUCCUGAUUACUUCAAAGGUUAGAAAUCCAUAAAUUACUAACCGAUUGUGAGUAAAGAUAGUUUACCAAAUAAAAAUAAGAAAGAAGGAAAAAAAGCCAAUCAAAAAGGAUAAUAUCAUUUGAGUAAAUUUUUGGAAUUUUUUUAGUGUUCCUUGCCAGAUUUAACCUGACAAGACUAUAUAGAUAAAAUGAUUUUAGAAUCCAAAAUACUAAUUUUCGAAAUUAUUUCUUCUUGUUUACGUUAUUCUCCUAUCGUAGAUUGGGUAUCAACAAGGCUAUUCAAUCUUUGUUUACAGCUGUCUAUAAAAUAGUUUGUUUGUGAUGCAACCAAACCGCUCAGAUUUCUCAUACAGAAUCAUUCUUCUGCAGCCCGGAUUCCUUCGUCCUUUAAUCUUUUCCUGCAUUAUAUUUUGCUGAAAUCUCUAUUUUUGUCCCCGCAUUAGAUGGCUCCAGUAUUUUAAUUGGCUCUAAGUAUUACUCCUGGCCUUUUGUCCUUUCGCUGUACCUAAUAUUUCUUUAUUUUUGACUCGGUCAAAACUUAUUCUUAAUAUUCGUCGGUAACACCACAUCUCAUAACUCUCACUGUUAUUUAUAUUGUUCUGUUUCUGUACAAGGGAACAAAUCCUGAACCUGAGACAACUCAUUGAAAAGUCUAGAGAAUUUCAAGUACCUAUGAUUAUAUGCUUCGUUGACUACCAAAGGGUGUUUGAUUGUGUAAGCUGGAUAAAUCUGUGGUCAAUUUUAAUAGAAAUGGGCGCACCAAUGCACCUGGACACACUUAUUAAAAAUCUGUACCAGUCCAACAUAGCGACAGUACGACUAGAUCAUAAGUUCUCAAACCAAUUCAAGACCGAGAGGGGUGUGAGACAAGGAUGCGUGUUGUCUCCUAACUUAUUUAACAUUUAUGGUGAACAUGGCAUGAGGAUGGUUUUAAAAGGAUGGGCCGGUGGAGUAACAGUAGCUGGUAGGAAAAUCUCCAAUUUAAGAUUUGCUGAUGACACUACACUUAUAGCAGCAAAUGAGCAAGAAAUGUUUGAUCUCCUGCGAAGAGUUGAGUACGAAAGCAAUAAAGUUAAUCUAAAAAUCAAUAAAGCUAAGACAAAAAUAAUGGUGGUCGACAGAUUCGACACUAUUCAAUUGACUAACAUGUUACAAGAAUACCAGAUAAUAAACACCUUUGGCUAUCUCGGGUCUAGUAUAACUAAAGAUGGUAACUGUGAAGCAGAAGUUCGGAGACGUAUUGGUAUGGCAAAAAAUGCGAUGAGUCGCCUAACUAAAGUUUGGAAAGACAGAUCUAUCUCUCAAAAUAUCAAGAUGAGACUGGUGAAUGCCCUUGUAUUCUCAAUAUUUCUAUACGGAACAGAGACUUGGACUCUUCGCGCAUGCGAGCGCCAAAAAAUUGAUGCCUUUGAGAUGUGGUGCUGGAGACGAAUGCUGCGCAUACCUUGGACAGCUCAUAGGACAAACAGUUCCAUUCUAAACCAACUCAAGAUUAAAAUAAGGCUGUCCACGAUAUGUCUGCAACGAAUACUGCAAUUCUUUGGUCACGUGGUUCACAGAGGUGACGACAGUUUGGAGAGAUUAAUUGUUUCUGGAAACGUUCCGGGGAGAAGAUCAAGAGGACGAUCACCAACUAGAUGGUCCGACCAAAUAAAUAAUUCAGCUGAAAACUCAUUCUGCGAAGCUCUUAGAGCAGCUGAAGAUAGAGACCAAUGGAGAAACAUUGUUAGGAAUAUUGGAAGGAAUCACGAUCCUCAGUAAUGGGGAAACGACAAGAGAGAGAGUUUGAGAGUCCAUGCUUCCACGCCAGACACAUGUUUAGAAUACAUCUUGGUUUAAUAUGUCAUUUGAGGUUAUUCUCUUCUUUCUGGGCUGCCUUGUUUUUUCUUCUUCUUAUUAUGAUGCCUAUCCCUAUCCACUAGGGAUUUUGGUGACUAUUAAAGCUAUUUUCGCUUUAUUUGCCGCUGCUCUGAAUAGUGCAAUGGUAGAUAAUGAAAACCACUUUUCAUACUCUCCACAUUAACAGUUUAUAAUUUUUUACUCCUCCACUGUAUGCUGUUUAUAAGUUGGAUCAUAAAACUUAGAUUUUCAUUUUAAGAAUCCGUUCGAUUUUCAGCUCUUGUUAAUAAAAAAUAAAAAUACGGUUUAAAAAAAAUGAUAUCUUAUUUUUCCUAUUGGUGAUAGACGGUUCUGUUGUUUUUUGGAAAGGAUGUGUUUUCAGCAGAUUUUCAUUGAGCCUACUUACAGGCGUGUGAAAUAAAGAAUAUUACAGUUAUUAUAAAUGUUUAUAAGCUAAAAAGUCAGCUCUUUCAUCUUUCAAAAAGUCAUCUUUCAAACUGUUUUUUUAAUAACAAAUUUUUAAAAAAUGAUUUUUUUAAAAUACCUAAACAAUGAAACCUGGAAUCGCUUUCCGGGAUAAACAAAUUGAAUAUCUUGUAAACUAGUUUAUUUUAAAAUUUAGCACACUGUAAUGUAGACCUUAUAUUCACAACUUAAAAAAUAUAUUACCUCCCUCAUGAGACUUAUUUAUUCAGUUAUUCAUAUUCAUGUCGAAUAGGAUAGCUUUUCGGAUAAUUCGGGAGGGGGUGUUUCGUAAAUAGGGGAGGUUUCUAAACUUUGGUGCGUCCGACAACUACUGAAGUACCCUUAAAAAUAUGUCGGACAAUAUUAGUAGUAAAUUGUAAGUAUUUUUUAUCAAACAAUCUUGCAAAAAAAAUCAUCAUUUAUGACUCUAUAGUGCGGCCCCCAUAUGGGCGCAAAAAUCAACUGAUGACAGAGUCAUAAAAUUUAUACCCUUACAGCUGAUCUUUGUACGAUUGUAUGAUAAAAAUAUUAACAAUAACUGGUAAUAUUGUUCGACUAAUUUUUAAUGGUACUCCAGUGUCAGUUGUCAGACGCGGCGUUAUCGAAAUGCCUCCCACUUUUUCAGGUAAAUAUUUUCAUACAUUUUUUUUUAACUCCUUUAUUCUGCAAUCUAUCAGUAAUGACAAUAAGCGUCUUUGUUGAUAAAUGAUUAUGACAUGUACAGGAUGCUCCAUUAAGCACCCUGUUUUAUAAUGUAGCUAUUGCUAACUUUGUGGCAUUACCUCUAAUAUUUACAAUAUGUUAUUAUUUACAAAGAUAUGUACAUUACUAAUUACUUAAACCUAUUAAUUAAGUCUCUUGGUUUGAAUUUUUUUAAUCUUCUUUCUUCAUGUUCAUGUAAGUCUUCAAACAACCGCUUGGCUAACUCGUUAGGAUGUUCAGACACUCUUUCGCGAUAUGUUGCACUAUAUUCACUUAUCACCUCUUGUACUGUUGGAACUGCUAAGUCUCGUUGCAUCACGUAGUUGGGUACGUAGUAUGGAGCAUGAAGAAUCAGCCUUAUCGUCUUGUUUUGGAACCUCUGUAUUAUAUUUAGGUUGCUAUUAGAAGCUGCUCCUCAGAGCUGGAUACCGUAGGUCCAAAUGGGCUUUAUAAUGGCUUUGUAGACCAGUAGUUUGUUUUCUAGAGACAACUUCGAGUUUCUGCCGAUAAUCCAAUAUAGACGGCUUAGUUUUAGUCCUAACUGUUUGCGUUUAGUGAAAAUAUGUUUUAGCCAUGUUAGUCUUCUGUCUAGGUGGAUUCCCAAGUAUUUUACAUCUUCGGCUUGAGGUAAAUUGUUGUUGUUAAGUUGUACUGGUGGGCAAGUUUCUUUACGGAGUGUAAAUGUUACAUGUGUUGAUUUUAGUUCGUUAGCUUUCAUGCGCCAUUUCGACAGCCAUUUUUGUAUCUUGUUAAGGCAGAUUUGAAGUUGUCUUGAUGCCAUCUUUGGGUCUUCGUGUGAAGAAAGAGCUGCUAUAUCGUCCGCAAAUGUGGCUAUUGUAACCAUCGGUGUAUUAGGAAGAUCACUUGUGUACAACAAAUAGGUCCGAGUACACUGCCCUGUGGUACCCCUGAUUUUAUGGCGUUCAGAGAAGAGUAUUCUUGGUUUUGUCUAACAAGGCAGUGUCUAUUGGUUAGGUAUGAUUUUAGUAACAGGAAGUGGGGAUAUGGAAGUAGCUUCUUAAUUUUGUAGAAGAGUCCAAUAUGCCAAACUUUAUCGAAUGCUUGUGACAUAUCAAUAAAUGCAGCAGAACAAUAACGUUUUUGUUGGAAGUCAUCGUUAAUCUUGUUAACUAUUCUAUGUACUUGUUCGAUAGUGCCAUGUUUGUUUCGGAAUCCAAAUUGGUAGUCUGGAAUUAAGUGCGUCAUUUCUGUUAUCGACUUCAGCUUUUUGACGUAUAUUUUCUCGAAAAUUUUGGAGAUAGUUGGUAGCAAGCUAAUAGGUCGAUAACUUCUUCUAAUUUUUUGCCUGGUUUAGGGAUCAUUAUUAUUUGUGCUACUUUCCAGAUCUUUGGGUAGUACCCUAGUUUGAGGACGGCAUUGAAGAUAUAUGUUAGUAAUUUAAAGCAUUUGGGUGUUGAUUCCUGAAGCACUUUUCCUGUGAUAAGAUCAUAUCCUGGUGCUUUUUUAAUGUCAAGUUCAUUCAUUAUUAUAUUUCUGGUUUCACUUACUAGAAUUUUUUUACAGGCAGGUCCAUUUGGAAAAUUUUUCAUACAUGAAAUGCGUCCGUUUCGUUAAUCAUUUAGGCUGAUAUUUUGUCUAUUUAAUCUCUGUAUAAUGACACAAUGUUGCCAAAUCAUAAUUUAAAUAGGUACUAUCUACCUAUUUUUAUAAUUGGUAGUUGGUAGUUAUACCAAAGAAUAUUAUAUACUCUCAGGUCUCAGAAGGUCUAUAUUCUUUCUUUUUACAUUUUAUUUUAAAAAAAUGUUGGCCAAAGAUACGGUAAAACGGUGGACAUGUACUAAAAAACCUGCAAAACAUUUGUGAAAACACAGGGAUGUGAAAAUACGAUAGUUGAAUCAAUAUUAGGUCAUAACCACGAGAAGUUUACAAUAGAAAAGCCGUAAGCAAUUCAAUAAAAAGAGCAGCCGUGAAAGAUCUCAACGAAAAACCAAUGAAGCUCAUCUGUAAAGAACUUAUGAAGCCAAAUAUAGAGACAUUUACUAACAAUGAUAUCAAUAGGGUGAGACAAAAUUUGUAUUAUGCUAGAACCACUUAUUCUUUAAUUAAGCCUCCCAAAUAUAUAUCUGAAUUUCAUAAAGCUCUUGAUCCAUCUUCUAUUAUUACAAAUAGAAACGAAAAUUUUAUAAUUAAAAAUGACAAAGAUAAAUCGUAUUGUUAUAUUAAUGUUUUUCAAAUCUUUGUUUUCUUUCGCCUGUUUCCAAUUGGUAUGUUGACGGAACUUUUGAAUACUGUCCUCGUUUUUUCACUCAAUUGUUUAGUAUACAUGGCUUAAAAAAUGGACAAAAUAUAACCUCGCUUUUAGAUAUAUCAUAGAAGAAUGUUUUAAAAUUAAUUGUCCUGUAUCCGCUACUAAAGUAAUAACUUCAGACUUUGAAAUUUCCAUUCAUAAUAGUGUGCUGUAAUUGUCUUUUUACGCGGUUGACUCUACUAUUUUAUUUAUUUAUAUUUUUAGGCACUAAUUUUAAUUUAAAUAAAGGAAGACUUACUUAUAUUAUUUUAUUUACAUCACUUAUUUAUUUUAAUAAUUACAAAUAACACCAACUAACACAUCUAAUUUAUUUACAAACUCAAAUUUAUGAUUUAAUUAACUAAACAUAAUAAUUCCGAUAACUAAUAAAUACAUUUCAUAUCUUCGAUUCGAAUACAUUAACUUACGCGACGCGCUUCGAUGAAUGAAUGACUGGCCUGUGCUCGAAUCUCGGUUCUAUAUAUACUUCGGCAGCGGUCGUCUUGAAUUCCAUGGUCGAGGCUCGUAACGCCGAGAAGCUUCGGGAAGAAAUAGGCCAAUUCGUGAGCGGACUAAAUAGUGUCACAAUAGUAUCUAUCCGUAUGACAUUUCCUGAAGCAGAUCUUAUUGGAUGUCGUUUUCAUUUGGGUCAGGCAUGGUAUAGAAAGGUUCAAUCACUGGGCUUAGCUUCAGAAUACCAGAAAAGUGGUGUUGGCUUAACUGAAAUUACGCAUUUUCUAAUUUAUAUUUUUGCUCUUUGAUUCUGACAUCCUCAAGAUGUUAGCGAUUUUUUUGCUAUAGAUUUGGCAGAAAUUAAACUAGUCGAUGCAAGGGUGACCCAGUUUUGUGAUUAUCUUAUUGAUAAUUACAUAUCUGAAAAUUCGACAUUUCCUCCACAUCUUUGGGCUGAGCACUCUCUUCAUCCUUACAAAGAACCACAAACGUAUGCGAAAGUUUUCAUUCCAAGUAUAAUUUUUCUUGUUACUGCCGUCAUCCUAACAUUAAUAAUUUUGUUGAUAUAAUUUUACAAUUUCAAAUAUACCUAUACCUACAUUAAAAUGAAUAAUUGUGUUUUGACACCAAAAAAAAUGUUGCGGAAAGUACAGCAAAAAUAAAUUUUCUAAAUAAAAAAAUUUUAGAUUUAAGAAAAUAAAAAAUAAAUAGAUUAGAAUUUGUCAAAGUAGUAUGUUUUGUGAUGUUACUUUUAAUAAAUCUAUAAAAUACUUA